AGUCCAGUGUGGGCUAACUUUCUGGUGGUCUCAGUCCGCCUGACUUCUCCUCAAUGUGCUCAAAGCCUUAAGAGUGCCCAGGGACUCCGGUUUGAACCGGCUUGUGUUACCUUUUGUAAUCUUGUGCGGUCUCUGUCUGUCUUUUCCACCAUGUGGAUGAGGUGACGAGGGCUGAACCGGUUCAGACGUGGAAGGGAGUCCGGUUUCAGCUGGCUGCGUUGCCAUAGUAACGAGCUCUCUAUAAAUACCCUGGGAGUCCCUCAACGCCUUCCAGUCCUGUUUCAGUCACGGCACAGAGACAUCCACCCUCCAGCAGCAGGACUUCACUGAGAAGGAGCUGCUUUAUUUUUUCACCCCAGCGUUCUGAGAGUCUCAUGGACACACUCUUUGUAAAUGCUUUUUAAGAAUCAUCACUCUAGAAAAACGCACACUGGCUACUCUGAAGGCCCUGGCCUCGAGUCUUAUUUGAAGGGAUUCAACUUCACUGGUGAACCGCCUUGGCUUCUCUGCACCUGAGAAAACAACAGCAUAAAUUCCAUCUCUUUCAUAUCCAAUUUACUAGUGACCAAGCAAAAGGACUUCUUGUGACCAUGAACACUGCCACUCCUACUGAGUUUGAAUUCUCGUUCCUGGAGGAGGGAUUUUCUGCCAAGGAUAUUGUUGAACAAAAGAUCAAUGAGUCAUCCAUGACGGACGACAGAGACGCCUUCUAUGUCUGUGACCUAGGAGACGUGCUGAAGAAACAACUGCGCUGGAUGAGAGCGCUGCCGCGCGUCACUCCUUUCUAUGCCGUGAAAUGCAACGACAGCCGGGCUGUAGUCAUGACACUGGCAUCCCUGGGAACUGGCUUUGACUGUGCAAGCAAGAUGGAGAUUCAGAUGGUUCAGUCUCUGGGAGUGGAUCCAAGCAGAAUCAUUUAUGCAAACCCAUGCAAGCAAGUUUCUCAGAUCAAGUAUGCGUCUGCCCAUGGCGUUCAGAUGAUGACCUUUGAUAGCGAGGUGGAACUAAUGAAAGUGGCACGCUGUCAUGACAAUGCCAAGCUGGUCCUGCGCAUUGCCACAGAUGACUCAAAGGCCGUGUGUCGCCUGAGUGUGAAGUUCGGUGCCCCUCUCAAAUCCUGCCGAGGUCUCCUGGAGCGGGCUAAAGAGCUCGGCCUGGAUGUGAUCGGCGUCAGCUUCCAUGUCGGCAGCGGCUGCACUGACCCCGAGACCUACACCCAGGCCAUCGCUGAUGCCCGCUUAGUUUUCGAUAUGGGGGAUGAGCUGGGCUUCAACAUGGACCUGAUGGACAUUGGAGGCGGAUUCCCUGGUUCGGAUGACGCUGAGCUUAAAUUUGAAGAGAUCACAGCCGUGAUCAACCCCGCUCUGGACAAGUACUUCCCCGCCGAUAAUGGCAUUAAGAUCAUUGCUGAGCCGGGCCGCUUUUACGUGGCCUCGGCUUACACACUGGUCGUUAACAUCAUUGCCAAGAAGGUCAUCAUAGAUGACGAGUCUGCAUCAGAUGAGGAGGACGAGGGGACCAAUGACAGGACUCUGAUGUACUACGUCAAUGACGGAGUGUACGGAUCCUUCAACUGCAUUCUCUAUGACCACGCUCACUGCCUGCCAACACUACAUAAGAAGCCAAAGCCGGAUGAGGCCAUGUACCACUGCAGUAUUUGGGGCCCGACAUGCGAUGGCCUGGAUCGCAUCGUUGAGCAGUGCAGCCUGCCUGACAUGCAGGUGGGUGACUGGCUGGUUUUUGAGAACAUGGGCGCUUACACUGUGGCGGCCUCCUCCACCUUCAACGGCUUCCAAAGACCCGACAUUCACUACGUCAUGUCCCGCACUGCCUGGCAACACGUGCAGCAGGUCUGUUCCAAGGGCAUGCCAGCUCCUGCGGAGGGGUCCAGCCUGUUUGAAGUGCCGGCCUGCUGUGGCAGAGAGAGCGGCUUGGAGAUGCCCACAAAGCCCUACCAGGCUCAUGUGGUUUAAAUGAAUACUGUACUUCACAGCAUUGUUCUCAACAUCUCUCAUCCUUUUUGUUAUCCUUUACCGGGGAAGUUUCUAUUUGUUCUUUUUUCUUCUCCUUUAAUAUAAAACGUGACACUUCAAGGCCAGUUACUUGACAGGAGAAUGAGAGCGGCUGGUUGUUGCACAAACUUCUGUGUUCUGUAUGGAAGCUGAGGAUCUCUGCUCGAUGUAACGAGGCUGAAUCACUCUUUUAGUGGCUCUAUGUUCCAGGCAGAGAGUUACAGGGCCACUCUGUACUUGAACAUUUCCCGGCAGUCUCUUUUUGGGAGUCUGUGUGACUGUAAGAGCUUGAGUACUGUAGUUCAUGAAGAUCCUUUUUCUGAACUGUAAACCAUUGCUUUGCAAAGACAUCACACAACUACUUCUCUGAAGGUUCCCCAUCACCAUACGACACACAACACUUGAAACUGUAGCAUUAGUCCAAGUGGUGAAGGGUUACUCAUGCUAAUCAUUUAAUACUAUUCUGAACAAUAGUAGCUAAUUCCAACUGUAAGGGUUGGUUUAUUAUAAAACAGCAAAUCCUUUACAGCCCUGUUUCCUGCAGAAGUAGUUUGUAACUGCAAAGAGGUGGUUGAGGGUUGAUUUGUAUUCCUCAAAAAUGGCUGCUAUGUUUUUUUAUUUAUAUUUUCCAAGAUCUCAGCUUCUAUACAGAACUCCUCAAGUGUUAAUCUUUAAGAUGUUUACACGUAUAUAUUUAUUCUUCAGACAUGUGCAUAGUGUUGCUAUCCAGUUAUUCAUCCUGGAAAUGUGUGUCUGCCAGUUAUUUGCAGAACGGAAGCAAAAUUAGAAAAAGCACAAGUAUGCACGUGAACCUAUCAAAGUGCAUGUGCAGCGAAUGUUUAGUGUACCUCUGUGCUGAUGUGGCUGCAGCCUCUGAGUCAGCUUCAGCACUUGCAUAGAUGCUACUUAUAUCCAGCAUGUGAUUCUAUAUAGGUCUCGGUCACCAGACACCACAGCUGCUGCACUAACAAGAUCUUCAAGAUUAACACUUCCAAACACAGGGACUCAAGAUGCAGACUGCACCUCUCCUCUUCUCCUCCUUAUUGUAUCUUUGUUUUUUUUUUGUUAUUUGUAGAAGGCUGUUCAUGAUAUUAAUAAGAAGCAGUGUUUAACCGUACAUUUGAAAUGGAUACGAAAGAGACGGGAUUGCAAAGUCAUAACGCUUUCCUAUGGAAACUUUUUGAAGUUUUGUAUUUUUUUAAUAAAUAAAACAUGGGUGCAGAGCCAGA